AUGAUGAAUCACUGCAAAAUUGUGCUUUGCUUUGUAUUCUUCUGUGUCUCAUCGCCCACAAAUUCUACUUCAUUGCCAUCAAAAUCUUCUUCUCAUUCUAUUUCAGGCCAACAUUGCAUUGACAAUGAAAGAACAGCCUUGCUCCAACUCAAAAGGGAUUUGUCAACAGCUAAACCAGAAUCUUCUUUUACUCAACAGCCUUCCUCAGUUUCUUUGCUUCCUUCAUGGAAGCCUCACAGUAAUUGUUGCUCCUGGGAAGGUGUCACUUGUCAUGAUGUCUCAGGACAUGUGAUUAGCCUUGACCUCAGCAGCCACAAACUUUCUGGCACUUUUAAUUCAACCAACUUUCUUCAUCUCCCUUUCCUUGAAAAACUCAAUCUUGCCAACAAUAAGUUUCAGUCGACUCCAUUUCCCUCCAGGCUUGAUCUGAUUUCCAGCUUGACACAUCUCAACUUUUCAAAUUCAGGUUUUUCAGGCCAAGUACCUUUGGACAUAUCACGGCUGACCAAAUUGGUUUCUCUUGAUCUCUCCACUUCUCUUUUGGAUUCUUCGAAACUUGAGAACCCGGGUUUUGAAAGGCUUGUGAAAGAUCUAAGCAGCUUAAGGGAACUUCAUCUUGAUGGUGUUAAUAUAUCGGCUGGUGGUGAUGAAUGGUGCAUUGCCUUGACUCUUGCAACCCCUAAUCUCCAAGUUCUGAGCUUGUCAUAUUGUCACCUCUCAGGUCCCAUCUGUGAAUCACUGAAUCAACUAUCAUUGCUUUCAAAGCUUGACCUUAGUGGCAAUAAUCUCUCUUCAAUGUUUCCAAAGAGUAUCAUGCUACUGCCAAACCUGAAGACUCUUGCUUUAUGGGCAAAUACACCUCUUUCUGGGACUUUGCCAGAAUUUCCUAUAGGCUGCAAGUUAGAAGUUCUAUCUCUGUCCUUCACAAGUUUCUCUGGAGAAAUCCCAUGUUCAAUUGGAAAUCUUCAAUCUUUGACUAAAUUGGGCGUGAGGAAUUGCAGUUUCUCUGGAUUGAUACCUUCUUCUCUUGCAAGCCUAACCCAACUUGUUGAUUUGGAUCUCUCCAACAACAGGUUUCAAGGAUGGAUUCCAUUCCUACCACCAUUAAAGAAAGGCUCGAGGAUAAUUCAGACAACAAACCGUAUUGGGCUGGCAAAUCUAGGCUCUCUUUCUAUUGAGAGCAAUUCAAUGGAGGCGACAUUAAACUCCUCACUUUUCGAGCUUCCUUCCUUGGAGAGAUUGCUGUUAAGUCAAAACAGGCUUAGUGGAGUGAUACAAGAUUUUGACCGAGCAUCUUUGUCGCCAAUAAGCGUUGUUGAUCUAAGCUUCAACAAUUUGGAAGGGCAUAUCCCUGAUUCACUCCUUGAACUUCAGAAUCUUACUGAAUUCAAGCUUUUAUCAAACAACUUCAGCGGUGCCAUCAAUGUAAGCAUGUUCAAGAGCACUGAGAGCCUUACAUUCCUUCAGUUGUCUGACAAUAGCCAACUGACUAUUGAUUAUUCAGACAACUUAAAUCUACCUCAACUUCAAAGAUUGUGGUUUGGUUCCUGCAAUGUUAGCAAAAUCCCAAGUUUCCUGCGAAACCAAGAUGGAUUAGUUGAGCUAGACCUUUCAAACAACAAAAUCCAUGGCACACUCCCCGAAUGGAUUUGGCAAUUAGAAAGCUUGUCUUACUUGAAUUUGUCCAACAACUUUUUGACUAGGAUUGAAACACCAGUUCCUGCUCCUCUAUUCAGUUCUUUGGCCUUCCUUGAUCUUAGUUUCAACUACUUAGAAGGGUCAUUCCCCAUGUUUCCAUCCUCUAUAAACCUCCUUUCACUUUCUAAUAACAAGUUCACUGGAGAGCUUCCUGAAUGCUUGAGGGAGUCGUCAUUGGUUACGUUUUACUUUGGAGGAGUACGCGAUGCAGUAGGUGGAUUAGACAAUUUCUUAAGAUAA